UCGAAUUUAUAAGCAGGCUACAAGCUCCGCCCCUUAUGUCUCAUAUAUUUAAGAACUAAAACAAACAAACAAACAAAAAAACUAAGUCUCUUCCAUAUCCCCACCUCUCAAAAUUCCUUCUUCUCUCUAUCUUCUCAGCUAAAAAAAUGUCGGAGACGAGGAGGUCUCCGAUGCCGUUAUCGGAAACGAGGUCUCCGAUGCCGUUGUUGUUCCGACGACAUUCGAGUGGCGAAAUCAGAAAUUUAGCCUCACUUUCAAGCAGCUUGUUGCCAGCUUUUGGAACAGUGAUGGGUGAAAGCUCAGUUAGGCUUAAGAGAUUUCUUAUUGCUCCUUAUGAUCGUAGAUACAGAUUGUGGCAAGCAUUUCUUGUUGUACUUGUGGUGUACUCAGCAUGGUCAUCUCCCUUUGAGUUAGCAUUCAGCAAGGCAUCUACUGGAGCACUCUUGCCUGUUGAUUUAGUGGUUGACACCUUCUUUGCUAUUGACAUUAUUCUCACUUUCUUUGUUGCAUACUUGGACAAAUCUACUUACUUACUUGUUGAAGAUCACAAGAAAAUCGCGUUCAGGUACUUGACACAUCUAUGGUUUCCAAUGGAUGUAGCUUCAACUCUACCAUUUCAAGCCAUAUACAGAGUUGUCACUGGCAAAACGAGUCGAGCACAAGUCUUUGGCUUCCUCAACUUGCUAAGACUAUGGCGACUGCGCCGUGUUAGUAAAUUCUUCUCAAGGUUGGAGAAGGACACUAGAUUCAGCUACUUUUGGACGAGAUAUUUUAAACUUAUUUGUGUGACACUAUUUGCAGUGCAUUCAGCUGGUUGUUUCUAUUACUGGAUGGCAACACGUUAUCAUAAUUCAGAAUCUACAUGGAUGGGAGCAAAUAUACCUGGUUUCAAAUCAAGAAGUGUAUGGUUAGGAUACACUUAUUCAAUGUAUUGGUCUAUUGUUACACUCUCAACAGUUGGCUAUGGUGAUCUUCAUGCUGUGAAUAUUGAAGAAAAGAUUUUCACCAUUUUUUACAUGCUUUUCAACAUUGGCCUUACUGCAUACUUGAUUGGCAACAUGACUAACCUUAUUGUCCAUACCGCUGUCCGAACCUUCGUCAUGAGGGAUGCUAUCAAUGAGAUUUUGAGGUAUGCAAAGAAGAAUAGACUUCCAGAAGGGCUAAGAGAACAAAUGCUAGCACAUUUGACACUGAAAUUCAAGACAGCAGAACUACAACAAGAACAAGUUUUAGAAGACUUGCCAAAGGCUAUUAGAUCUAGCAUUUUACAACAACUCUUUCGUACCACUCUAGAAAAUUCCCACCUUUUCAAAGGAGUCUCCGACGACUUUAUUGUCCAAUUGGUAUCAGAAAUUAAAGCAGAAUAUUUUCCACCAAAAGUGGAUAUCGUCAUACAAAAUGAGAUACCAACAGAUUUCUACAUUAUUGUGUCUGGGGCUGUGGAUGUUGUAACAUACAAGAACGGAAUGGAACAAUUUUUAUCCAAGUUGGGAUCUCAACAAAUGUUUGGAGAAAUAGGUGUAAUAUUCAAUAUCCCUCAACCUUUCACAGUGAGAACUAAAAGGCUUUCUCAAGUUGUUCGUAUUAGUCAUCAUCAUUUCAAGCAAUUGGUACAACCCCUUCAUGAAGAUGGAAAAAUAAUUCACACUAAUUUUAUUCAGCAUUUGAAGGGAUUGAAAAAGGAGGAGCUAGCAGAGAUGCCGCUAGUAUCAGAAUUUCUUGAUGAUUUAAUUAGUGAGGAAGUCUCAAUGAAUGAGGCUGGAGCUCAAAACCAACAAGAAAACGAAAUAUCCCCAACUACUUCUUCCCUGUCGAAAACGCCUCCUACAAGAGUGAUAAUUCACGGAUAUCAACCGGACCAUAAGCCAAAAUCAGGAGGAAAUGCAGGAAAACUAAUCCAUCUACCUGAUUCAGUUGAAAAUCUCCUAUCUAUAGCAGAAAGUAAGUUUGGGAGAAGAGGAACCACAAUUGUCAUGGCGGAUGGCUCUCAAGUGGAGGAUUUGGCUGCACUGCGAGAGGAUGAUCACUUGUAUAUUUUUUGA